GUCAUUUGAUUGUCAUAGUUGUGGAUUUUUGGUGAAUAGUUGCAGAGUUUUCUGUUUUUUUUUCUGGAAAAAUAGUGAAUUCAUUUUAAUGAUUCUUGUUGGGAAAACUUUAGUUAAUUUUCUCGUAUAAAAUUUGUACCGUUAUUUGUAAUAUAAUUAAAUAAAAUGGGUAUAUUUGGCAAUUCUUCCCCCUUUGAUCAAGAUGUCGAGAGGGCCACAAGUGAGAAUAACACUAGUGAAGAAUGGGGCUUAAUUAUGGAAAUAUGUGAUCGCGCAGGAGCAUCUCCACAAAAUGCAAAAGAUUGCCUGCGUGCUGUUAUGCGCCGCCUCGCACAUCCCGACCCUCACGUGCAGGUGCACGCUGCAACAUUGCUUGACGCUUGCGUCGCCAACUGUGGUCGUGCCUUCCAUCUGGAAGUAGCUUCUCGUGACUUUGAAACUGAAUUCCGUCGGCUUCUGGCGCGUGCACAGCCACCUGUUGCUCAGCGAUUGAGAGCCCUUUUGCGGAAGUGGGCAGAGGGAGAAUUUAAAAGUGAUCCACAAUUGGACUUGAUACCUUCACUUCACUCUAAGUUGCGUGCGGAGAGUGGGGAGGCAGGCGCAGCGCCAUCAACUACUGUUGCGAGCGCAAGCACUGGCACCUCAGCAGCUGCGGCAGCGGCGGCACAGCGAGAGCAGGAAGAACUAGCGCGUGCUAUUGCUCUGUCUCUUCGGGAGUCUACACCGCAAACUACUGCUAGUGAAGCUCCAACAUUAUAUCCACGGGUGGAGUUACCUGACGCAGCGCCCCCACGCAAAGUGCGCGCCCUCUACGACUUUGAAGCGGCCGAGGAUAAUGAAUUAACUUUCAUGGCAGGUGAAAUUGUUCAUGUGACGGAUUCCAGUGAUCCUAACUGGUGGAAAGGAUACAAUGAUCGGGGGGAGGGGUUGUUUCCAGCUAACUUUGUUACAUCUGAUCUCAGUGAGCCUCGAAUUGAGGCCGAGACGAGCACACGUAGUGUAAAGUUCGCGGACGCCGGUCCCGCCGCUGGUCCCGAAGCCGAGGAGGCAGUUUGUAUAGACGAGGCUACUAUGGACGCGGCACUCGCUCUACUACACGAGGCAGAUCCGGAAGCGAGUGGAGAGGCUGCACAAGAAACGGAUGUAGCCUUAGCAAGGCUAGAAGCCCGCGUACACGCCAUGGGCCCACUGGUGGACGCGGCUUUAGAGCGAGCUGAUCGUCGUCACGCGCGUCUGACGCAAUUGAGCGCGGAUUUAGUCGACGCGCUCAAUUUAUAUCAUUCGCUGAUGCGGGAAGCUUUAAAGCCGGUGCCACCCCCUCAGCCUUUUCCGACAGCCGGUUUCGCGCCUCAUGCGCCUGCGCCUCUCGGGCCACCCGGCCCUAUCCCCCCUCAUGUCGCACACGCCCCCCACCCACCACAUCCGUAUCCCCCGCCCCGCUGCUGACCGCGCCCCGCCUGUUUAAUUGCACCUAUACUGUAGAGAUCUUUUACAUACCUAUUAUUGUUAUUAUUAUUAUUGUACAUAAAGCUUGAAUACACUAUUAUUUAAAAUGU